AUGUCUUCCUCCACGUCGCAGGGCGUCGUCGAGCGCGUCCAGUCGUUUGUCUCUGAGAAUAAGCGUGCUGUUCUCAUUGGCGCAGCUGCCGCGGUCGUAGCUAUUGGUGGUGUCGCAUACUAUGCGUCGACCUCUCGCGGUCCUGGCGGCGGCGAUGCCGAAAAGGGCGAAUACAAGAAGGAUAAAAAGAAGGGUAGCAAGUCCUCCAAAAAGCGCAAGACUGUGAAGGAUGCUGAUGGCCCCAUUCUUGAGGAGCGUUCGCCAAGAGUCGCUGACGUGGCCGAGGCAGAGGAUGUCAAAUUGUCGGCAGAGGAAAUCGUUCAAAUGCCGGACGAGGAACGUACGAAGGUUGCUGCAUCACUUAAGGCAAAGGGAAACGGUGCCUACCAGCAGCGCAAGUACAGCAUCGCCGCCGACCUCUAUACCCGGGCAAUUGAAGUUACACCAAAACCUGAACCAGUGUUCUUCAGCAAUCGCGCAGCAUGUUAUGUUAAUAUGUCUCCCCCUCAAUAUGAGAAGGUGAUCGAGGACUGUGACGAAGCAUUGAAGCUCGAUGCUAGCUAUGUUAAGGCAUUGAAUCGGCGAGCGACUGCCUUGGAGGCUCUUGAGCGGGUCGAGGAAGCAUUGCGAGACUUCACCGCGGCGACGAUCCUCGAUAAGUUCCAGAACGAGUCAGCUGCCCAAUCGACGGAGCGCGUCUUGAAGAAACUGGCAUCACAGAAAGUACAAGAGAUCCUUUCAUCUCGCGAUCGCCAUCUCCCAUCCCAAACAUUUGUCUCCGCAUAUUUCGGAGCAUUCCGCCCACGACCAUUGCCACAACUUCCAGAGAACCCAUCGCAGGGCGACCAUACCCUUAUUUUAUCUCUCGAAGCGCUCGCGGCCAGUGAUUACACUCACUCGCUUACACUUGUCAAUGAGGCCGUUGAGCAGGGAAUUUCGUGGGAUGCUGGUAAAGCGGAAGCUCUCAAUUUGCGCGGAACGUAUAAGUUCCUCAUGACUGAUGUCACUGGCGCGAAGGAAGACUUCCUUGCCUCUAUUGAGCUGCAGCCCUCACUUACUCAGACUUGGGUAAAAAUUGCCAGCGUGUACAUGGAGCAGGGCGACCCCAAAAAGGCUUUCGAAUGUUUCGAGGAGGCUAUCAAGCACAAUGCCGACGACCCGGACAUUUACUACCACCGUGGACAAGUCUUGUUCAUCAUGAACGAGUUCGCUGACGCGGCGGAAAACUACACAAAAUCGACAGAGCUCGACGAUCAAUUUGUUUUCAGUCAUAUCCAGUUGGCGGUAGCGCAAUACAAGUCUGGAAACUUGGCGAACAGCAUGGCUACGUUCCGCAGGACACUAAAAGGUUUCCCGCAACGAAGCGAACCACAGAACUACUACGGUGAAUUGUUAUUAGAUCAGCAAAGGUUCGAGGAUGCAGUGGACAAGUUUGAUCGUGCCAUCGAGAUUGAGCUUUCACGCCCGAAGCCUCCACCAGUGAACGCCCUACCACAGGUAAACAAAGGGCUUGCCCUCUAUCAAUGGAAGCAAGAUAUUGGUGCUGCAGAACACUGCUGCCAGGAAGCGUUGAAAAUUGAUCCCGAGUGCGAGGCGGCAGUGGCAACAUUGGCGCAGUUGAGUCUUCAGCAGGGCAAGAUUGACGUAGCCAUGGAGAUGUUUGAGAAACAGGCUUCGCUGGCACGCAGUGAGCCCGAGCUCAUGAACGCCCUGACCUAUCAGUUUGCGACGAAGGCGCAGGUCGAAUUCAUGACCAGAUUCCCAGAGAUGGCUAACCAGAUGAGUCAGAUUGCGAGGUCGAUGAUGUGA